CAGGACUCAACUCUUUACUCUGAGUUAAUGACUACACUGUUGGACAAACGGACGUAACUGAGUCGCAGCUCAAGAAAGUCAGGCCAGAAGAAGCGAAGAAGUUUGACUGAGUUCUGGAGAAUGUCUGCGCACAUCAGAGUUGUUCACAAAAGGAGGGAGACGAUCACAGCUCUGCCUCUCUACCACGCUGGACACCUGCUGAAGAAACAGAACAAAGAGAAGGAUUUCAAGGAGUACUACGGAGAAAUCCGUGGAGCGACGCUGUUUCUGUACAAAGAUGACACGCAGGAUACAUACACUGAGAUGCUGGACCUGGAGCAGCUGAAGUCCGUGGAGUUAGACACUUUUUAUAAAAAGAAGGAGCCGACCAUCUUCACCCUCAGUCUGAGCUCAGAGAAGGUGCAGCUGAAGUUGGACAAUCCUGACACAGCAGAGGUGUGGAGGGGUUUCAUCCUGACAGUGGGAAAAAAGGAUAUUCCUAAGAAUCUGCAGCUGCUGCCAGGCCAGAUGAUGCAGCUGAAAGAGACUCUGAGUCAGGAAAGGAAAAGAAAUCCUAAACUGUGUCGCGGCCCAACCCUUCCACCUCGACCAAUGUUCCUGAAGUCCCUAGAUUCAAACAAUGACUCCACUUCACCACCCAAAGACAAGUCGACCACUGAGCUUCCUUCAUGUUUCUUCGAUGUGACUCGACAGGAGGCCGAGCAGAUGCUGAAGGCGAACCCGGAGUAUGGAAGCAUCAUCCUCCGCCCGUCCACCCUGACCAACAACUACGCCCUGACCCUCAGACAGCCGACACCCAGCGGGCCCGUCAUAAAGAACUACAGAUUGACGCACACAAACUCAGGGUUUGUGAUUGAACUGGACACACCAGUGACGGCUUCCUCCUUGAACGAUGUACUCAAAUACUUCCUUGAAAAGACAGAGCACCGUCUUCAUCCCUAUGUUACAUCUCAGGCCUACGACACUCGCAUCGAAGCGUCACCUGCUCCAAAGUGCAUCACUUUGCCUACAGCUAAAGAAGUACCCAAGGCGCAAGUAGCACCAACGCUGCGUUUACAGACCACAGAGGAGCUUCAGUCUCCUCCAGUCAAACCGGAGGAGGGUGAAUAUGUGAAUCCUGACGAUGUCAGCCCAAAGAUCAGUCACUUGGACGAUGAGCUUCGGCGAGCUGUACAGAAACGGAGACAAAACAUCUACAGUAAUUCUGGCCGGGAGGAAGAAAAUCAAACAAAUGAACACAGUUUCUGCUAA